AUGUCGCAAGACGAUCCACACGAUACCCCUCUGAGGCGCCCGAACACACUCAACGACUCCAAAAGCUUUACCAGAUUGGAGUCUCCAGACGAUGGUUCCCGUAGUCGAGGCCGCGCGAGUACGUUGACGAGCGUGGCAAAGGAGCUGCUACCGCAGAAUGCAGCAGUACUAACGCCGGAGGAGGAGGAGCGUGAUGCUCAAGGAGAUGUCUUUAACACCGCACAAGAUGAAGGAGCGGAUGCGGAAGACCCUCCUCCCGUAGCGUUUCCUCAAACAUUCGAAGAGCUACCCAUAGAGAUCCGGAGUCUUACGGAAAGGUUUCUAGAAUCUUUGUCGGCCAAAGUUCACCCCACUCCGCCCUCUGCCGACACCCUCUCCGACUUGUUUCAGGACUUCUACUCCAAAGCUGAGACUGUAAUUGCAACCCAUAUAGCCACCCUGUCCUCGCGCAUCUCCCGAGACAAAUCACCUGCACCUUCAUCGUCCUCGAAAGGCUCCAAAUUGAGCCGUAUUGGAGCGGGCAGAUCUCGUGGUAGCAGUUUAUCUCAAAAUGGAGGCAGUGGAGAACAGCAGCUGCUCACUCCAUCGGAAGUAUUCGACAGGAGGAAGGCUAGGAAGUUAUUGGAGCUUAAGAAAAAUGCACUUGAAGAGACGGUCGAGCGAGCUGCUUGCGAAAAGGUCUACGACCGAAUCUACCGCCAUCGGAGCACGGAUGAUGAGGAACGAGAUGAGAAGUUAAGGUCAAGGACCGCCGCUCUUUCAUUGGUAGGGAUUGGAUUGAAAGAGCUGCUCGUAAGUGCAGACAAUGUCCCUGAAGAGGCCAUGCAGAUGGCUGCCGCCGAGGAGGACCAAAUCAAUGGCUGGCUACAGAACGCUCGGGAGAGCAUUCAACUGAUGAACGAGGAGAGAUAUCCCCUGGGCAAAUUGCAACACCUUACAGCAGUGCACAGGAGCAUCGUGGAAACACUUUCAAAGAUCUUUCCCUCGACAUCGUCCGCAGACGAGGUGUUACCAACCUUGAUCUACACGCUCAUCAUAUCACCACCGGCGUCUCUGAAUGUUAUCAGCAAUUUGAACUUCAUCCAGAGAUUCCGCUCCUCCAGCAAACUCGACGGCGAGGCCGCAUAUUGCCUUGUAAAUCUGGAGGCUGCAAUUUCAUUUCUGGAGACGGUCGACCUCUCAUCUCUACGAGCGGACGAGGUUCCACAGGGGCCUGGAAAGGUGAAUAGCAUACCCUCGACACCGAGAAACGAAGCAACAUUUACCCCGAUGAAACUCGGGAUAUCCCCUGCGGCCGAUCCAUCAGUGGGCAAUGAGGAUGGUGCUCGCGAGUCACUUGCAAAGCAAUUAUCCUCGCCCAUCAGUCGUGCUCCUCCACGUCGCUUCAGUCAGCUCAUUCAGUCUCAGACCAACCGGUUGGAAGCUGCCAGCGAUUCGCUUCGGGGCGCCGUGCUCGAAAAUGCGGAGAAAGGAAUCGAUACCAUCAACUCCACCCUCGAGAACAGCUUCAAAUUCCUCUUUGGGAAACUUCGGGAACAGCAGCAGCAACAAAACGCCGACAGUUCACAGGAUACGACGAUUAUCGUCCCAAAGACCCUUGAGGAUGCCCGAAAGCUCGUCAACACUUCACCACUAUCCGAUAUGGACGACGCAAGCGUCAGCGCAGCGAGUUCGCACACAGAAGAUAUCCCCGACGAUGCAGGGUCCAAAUCGGAUAGCAAGGUCCUGGAUCUGAUUGGGGGUCGUCAGCAGAUGCGUGACCGAAGCGCAGACAGCUUGCGGAGUUUGGGAUCGAACAAGAAGGUCGCGUUUGCCGAUAGCAGACAAGCGACUCCCUCACGAACGGUAUCUGAGUCGGCCACCAUAGGAUCCACAUCGGGGUAUAUCGCACCACAACCCGCGGGAGGUACAGCGAUCGAUUCGGUCCGCAACUUUGGCAAUUCUAUCAACCCUUUGAACCGUCUAACAGGAAUGGGUAUAUUUGGGCGGACGGUUUCAAGUGGAAGCCCGUCAGUUACGGUGACGCCGUCGCCAGAGCAGAGAAAGCAGUUAAGCCCGGAAGAAAGAUCGAUCACGGCCAAGGAGCUGAAAACGAUCGCUACGAUUGAAGAACUCAAGAAGACGCCUCCCCCGGUGAAACGCUUCCUUGAAUUGAAGGAUGCACGGGAUAUGCGGGUGGCGGAGAUUGACGAACUGUUGAAAGAGUAUCAAAGGCUCGCCACGGCGUUGCGUGUAGCUAUAUCAAGUUCAUGA